AGAAUUGCAAGAAAAUGCUGCUGGUAGUGCCUUGGCAUAAGGUUGGGAAGUGGCAGCUUCUGAGUGAUGGGAAGAUUCCUUUAUAUAAUGUGAGGGUCGGUUCAUGUUUUCCAUUUAUUUCUAUCGCAUGCUAUGACAUAUAUGACAAUUGGAUGCCAUUUUCCUCCAUUCCUGACUUCAAGAUCAAGCUUAUUAUGAAUGAAGGGUUGCUAGUUGAUGUAACCAAGAUGAAGCCAUUCCUUUCUUCUGAUAAAUUGGUCCUUAAUAUUGAGUUACCCCUGGAGCUUUACGGAAUGCCAAAGCCUGUCCAGAAGUUCUUGGAAACCAAUUACUUCCAGGCUUCAUAAUUGAGCAGCUCAUACUAGAGAUGCAACUCUUUUAUCAUUUUGACGCCCUAGAUUUGCCUGAAUUAUGAUUAAAUUCCUCUUUCAAUAAGUUGUUUGGUUCUGCAUAUAGAGGGAGA